AUGGAAAUGUGUAUCAUGAUCAAUACCUUUUUGGAUUUGGAUACGUGCUUCAUAACGAGGUGGGUGAGCGAAUGGGUUCAUGGAUUUGGUGUUAAGGUUCUUGGAGCAAGUAUCUUGAAAGUUGAGAUCUGGGCAAUUUGGCGUGGUUUUCUCAUGGCGAGGGAAUUGGAACUGAGACUCUUGAUCUAUGAGACGUAUUCUAUUGAAGCUUUCUCACUUGUGAACAAUUGGAGGGUUCUAGAUGAGCCUCAAGAGAAGGAGCAUCCUCAAAGGAUCUUCCAACUCAAGCAAAACAUGACUUCAGAAGUGAGAUUUAUUUUGAUUCAGAGAGAAUCCAACUCUAUUGCAGAUUGGAUGGCGAAGUAUGGAGCACAUGGAAACAUGGAUGCAGUUGACAAGAUCGUCCCUCCGACAUCUCUGCAACAUCUUCUUCAAGAGGAUAUAUCUAUGAUUUUCUAA